AACGGAGCCUGCAUUUACGAGCGACACCUCCCCGGCAAUGCCCACAUCACUGCACACGUCCAGCGCCUCCAGCACGGGUUCUACUCCAGCCCCGCCGUGUCCAACCAAGACUACAACCACGUGGACUUUCUCGGGAUCACUUUUGUCUUCCACUCGCCCAAUACGCUCGCGCAUCGCUUCAAGGCUGCCACCAUCCGAGCCUCCAUCCACGGCACGAGGGAACAGUCGUCAUCCAGCAACCGGACCCGCAACCCCCGCUUCCUCAUGCACGCCCCGCACCUUCUCUACGGCGCCGUCUCUCCCGAAACCCUGCAGUGGAACUACAGCCUCAGCGGCUCGCUCGGGGUCUCCGACCUUCCCCUUGUCGCCAGCUUGUCGCCGACUGGUGGCAUGAAUGGGCGCUACAAACGGUACGAGAUGAUGCGGAUUCAGGGUUCGGUGCGAUCGCUCAAGAGCCCACGAGGCCGGUAUUUCGACGUCGAGGGCGGCGAGAUCGUGUGGACCCUGGAAGAGAAUAGUCUGCAGCGAUCGGGGCUGCCCCGCGAGUUCACGUUUGCCCUGUUAGUCUCGAAACCACGCUCCGAAAGCCGGAUCCAGUUCGCGCUGGACAUCGACCCGGUCCUCCAAUGCUGGUGGGCGAAUUACCCCGGGCCCCUGCUAGCCCUACCGCGGUAUAAGCCCGUGCGUCGACGGCCGGUGGAUUUCCGAACGGAAGUGGGCCAGCGUUUCGAACCCCUCACGGCGGAGAAGGGGUUCAACUUUGCGGCACUGGAAAGCUCCUUUGAUGAUUAUGUGCAUAUGCCCGGUCGGAAGUUCUCCUCUGGCGUACGUGACUUGGUCCCUUCCCUGAUCCCAUUUUGUCUCGCUAAGUAGCCCAGAUUUCCCCGGACGGCGGAACAGCGGACGACAACGAACUCCGACGCGAGGUGACCCGGGAUUGGACCAUGAUUGAACCCUUGCGCGGCGUUCCCAAGAUACCGGCCAUGUUGGGCAAGCCAGGGUUCAACCAGACAAUCCCAACUGCUAUCCCUGGAUUCGACCCAGGAUCGUUUACGAUGCGAUUACUGUUAGAUAAUGCGCAGGGUCAGAGUGGCAAGCACGCGCAGGUGGCGUCGGAGGUGACGAGUACUCGGGGAGGGCAGACGAGCGAACGGAGGUCAGCAGACCGACGACGGAGCACGAGGGGGUGAUCAUAUCUUGCAUGGUGGAGUUGGCGGUUCAGACUUUUAUUCUAUGCAUCAAAUUUUCCUAGAAGCGUGGGCAUGAUACCCGGUUGAAGUAUUUACUUAGAAAGGAGUUGCGUUAAUAUGCAUAGCAUAACAUAGCAUAGCAUCCGAAUUUCAUAUCAUUCAU